CACAUUACUCGGUACAGUAGUCAGAGAACAUAUCCCAUCUCGGGCAAAUCUGCUGUCCUUCGACACCUGGUCAACAUGGGCAUCAAGAUGGCUGGCGACUCUUCACCCCAACAGCUCUCGCCUUCACGGAACGAAGAUAUUAGCAUACCUGACGCUCCACCGCCGGACGCCGUUGAGCUUGAUGGGAUUGAAGUUGAUUCGGUAACAAAGCCUGCUGACCAUGCCCCCGUGGCAUUGGAGGAUUUGUUUGAUGGCGAUGACGACGAUCUCGAGAGCGCCUUGCAUUCUUCCAGCGAAGCCAACAUCCCGUCCUCACCACCACAAUCGGCGCCGGAGUCCUCAAUCGACACCACUGCGGCGACACAGCAGGAGUCGUAUUCAGAUCCCACCAUAAUGAAACAGUUUUAUGCUCGGCUUUUUCCCUUUCGGUCCCUUUUCCAGUGGCUCAACCACUCCCCCAAACCGGGACCCGACUUCACGAAUCGAGAGUUCGCACUGACCCUUUCGAACGACGCGUAUCUUCGAUAUCAGUCCUACCCUACGGCAGACUUGCUGCGCAAAGACAUCUUGCGACACAUCCCUUCCCGAUUUGAGAUUGGUCCAGUCUAUACUACCAAGCCAGGUGACCGGAAGAUGUUGAAAAACAGCUCCAGUUUUAAACCAUUGAGCAAAGAGAUUGUUUUCGACAUUGAUCUGACGGACUACGACGACAUCCGGACAUGCUGUGAAAAGGCGAAUAUUUGUGCAAAAUGCUGGUCCUUUGCUACAAUGGCCAUUAAAGUCGUCGAUGUUGCACUAAGAGAAGACUUUGGCUUUGAACACAUCAUCUGGAUAUAUUCUGGACGUCGAGGCGUUCAUGCCUGGAUCAGCGACAGAGAAGCCAGAGAACUGGACGAUGACAAGCGCAAAGCCAUCACUGGGUACUUUGAAGUGCUGAAGGGAGGCGUGCAAGGUGGCAAGAGAGUGAAUCUGAAGCGGCCACUCCAUCCUCACAUUGCCCGAAGCCUCGAGAUCUUGAAACCAUACUUUCAACAGGUCUUAAUCGACCAGGAACCUUUUCUGUCUCAGAAAGGACAGGACCGUCUUCUCCAAUUGCUUCCAGACAAGGCGCUAAACGAGGCCCUGGUCAAAAAGUGGUCAAGCAGCCCCGACCGACCGAGCAUCAAAAAGUGGGAAGAUAUUGAUUCUCUGGCCAAGACAGGUGUCAGCAAGACCUUGGACACCAAGGCCUUGGUCGAAGCUAAGCAAGACAUUCUGCUAGAGUACACCUAUCCGAGGUUGGACGUGGAAGUCGGCAAGAAAAGGAUUCACUUGCUGAAAAGUCCCUUCGUCGUGCACCCGGGAACGGGACGAGUGUGUGUUCCCAUCACAGCUGGUGGUGAUAUGAAUCGCGCCGAGGCCUUUGAUCCGCUCUCCGUGCCCAAGGUUACCGAACUUCUCGGUGAAGUCGACCGAUUCGGCAACGAGGAGGCUGAUACACAAACAAAUGGAUAUAUCGAGGACGGCUUGACAAUGAGAAAGCUGAAUGAUUGGGAAAAGACCAGUCUCAAGUCCUACGUUGAACUGUUCGAUGGGUUUGUCCGGUCACUGCUGAAGAGCGAAAUGGUCCGAGUCAAAAGGGAACGAGACGAAGAGGGGGUCACUGGAGCGGACGGGAUGGAGUUUUGACGAACAAGUGCUAUGUCGGUGCCGGUCGAGGACAACGCUUGGCUUCUUCCGCCGGCCCUGGCCUUGCUGCCUGCACAUACCACAAAACAAAUCCUGUAUUCUGGAAACAGUACCUGGGUAAUAGUCUCAAAGCGAGGCUUUUGCUUUUUGCGCAGACGCAGCAUCGAGCUUCAACACCCGCCUCGCAUUUCCACCCAUGAACGCAGCAACUACUUCGCGCCGGAAACCUCCUUCUCCCAACAGGUGUUGCUUGACGCUAUCUACACAAGCGUCCCAAGUCAGUUGAGGAAAGUUGGUCCCAAACAUGACCUUUUUGCGUCCCGUUGUGUUGGCAAAGGUGAUCAACUCCGGGGGAUAAUAUUUUGGAAGAUAUGCACUGGUAUCGAUAUAGACGUUCUCGUGCUUCCAAGCAACGGCUACCAUUUCGGCCGUCCAAGGAUAUCCUAUGUGGCCGCAUAUGAUUUUUAGUUGGGGGAACUUGAGUGCAAUGGUGUCGAUGUAAGGUAUUGGGCGUCCCGUUUCACUCGGACACAGAGGACCGGUGUGACCAACUUGGGUACAGAAGGGGAUGUCAAGCUCGAUGCACUUGACGUACAACGGCCAGUAAUGGGCAUCAGUGGGUGGCAGACCCCAUAGCCAUGGCACGACACGCAGGCCUUUGAAGCCCUCGUUGACCACAUAAUGCUCGAGUUCUUUCACGGCAUUCACCGGGUCCAGCAAGUCCACAGAUGCAAGGCCAAAGAUCCGAUCAGGAUAGGCUCUAGUGAACUCGGCGACUUGGUCGUUGGAGAAGACCACUUUGCCAGGCCGACGCCAUGAUGCCAGACAGAUCUGGGAUACCCCUGCUGAAUCCAUCAUGGCAACCAACUCCUGAGGUGUCGGUCGACGAGCCACAAAGUCGGGAUCGGCAUGACUCUGUUGAAAAAGCCGCUGGGCUUCUGGCACACCAUCCUACAGCAACUGUCAGGAGCCGCGAAUGACAGAAGCAAGCCAUAGAGGUUAUGCAAGCAUAGCAAAGAGAUGUGGGAUGACCAUCGUCAAACCAAGAGCCGAGCACAUACAAGGGCGAAGGGAUUUGCCCACACAUCCACGAUAGGAAAGUUCAUGUCCGAUGCCAUGGCGAACCAACCCUCAACUAGUGAGAGCGAUAUA